CAAGACAACAAACGUUGUUGAUACGUGUGCUAGUGUCAUCAGUCCCAUAAAAGAACUUACAACAAGUAUUCUCGUUUAGUUCUUCGUUGGAAAUAAUAAUGCAAUCGGAGAGUAAGUUGUGCGAAUAUGAGACAGAAGCAAUUAUUGCUAGCUCCAGUCCAGAAAAUCUAGAACACAGUCCGUUUCAGUCCUCUAAACUUGAGCUGAAAUACCCGAAAGAAGAUUAUAGAAAAAUAUUUAAGCAACAAAAUGAGAAUCGCAAGAGUUUACGUCUGCUGUCCAAUAAAGUAGCGCCUUAUACAGGGUGUACUGAUUAUCUGAUGUCCAAGAAGCGAACAAAAAAGCGUCAGAAGAAAAUUGAUCUUGAAAAUCUUGCCAAGAGGAAUGUAUUAACAAGUCAUAGUUUAGCCCAAAGAAGAUUGUAUCAGAUUGAUGAUGAUCUGAAGCAGUUAAGAGAGGAGGAGAUUGAGAGGCGAAAAGUUUUGGACAAUAUGUGGAAAGAGCUAAAAAACAAAGAAGAAAGUUUAAGGGACUCAUUUAUAGGAUUUGAUAAGUUUAUGAUCGAGAACAAAGAAAAGAGGGAAAGAUCAACGGAAAAAAUCACGACAAUGGGAGCACUAGCUCAAGAAAAGACACAGCAGGUUGAGGAACUAAGAAAAGAAUACGACCAAUGCAUAGAGUUAAAGGAAUUGCUCGAUAAUGGAAUUAAAAACCAUUCUCAUUUCGAGAAAUAUCUGUUGGCAGUCGUUGACAAAAACCAUAAAAAGUUUUCCACUAUUGAGGAUCUCUUCAAAAGGUUUGAUGCGCUUUUGGAAGCAAGAUAUAUUUUGUCUAAUUUGUUUGAACGCCAUCUAUCGCAGCUAGAAGAAGCUAAGGAUGCAGUGGACAAAAUGGUGAUGGUGAAGUGCGUUAAAAUAGCAGGAUUGAGUAACACGCUAGCUGAUCUCCACAAGCGAUUUGAAGCUGCCAAAUUUACGUGUGCCAACUGGGAACAAUACCAUCACAAAGUCGUACUGGAAGCUAUGGAAAAAGUCAUGGAAAUCCAGGCAGUCAAAGACUCCGUUUGGCAGGUGUACCAAGAUAUAUGCAGAAGAAAAGGCGUGAAGCCGGUCUUUAAAGGAAACUACGCCCAACAACUAGAGAUAAUAAAGAAAGCUCUGCUUAAGUUUAGGUUGGUUAAUAAAAUGGCUAAAGCUAUGCAGGAUGAAAGUGGAUCACCUCGCAGUGAGGAAGCUUCUUCUAGCGAUAGUAUAGUUGUCAACGUUGUGCAUAAAGUGAACAAAAAGCUAGAAGAAAAUGCGAAAAUUGUGAAGCUCCCUCCGAAGGAAGAAGAGAAGAAAGUUAGCUUUUUGCAGAUUCCGCAUACGUUACUGGCUGCAAUGAAAUUCAAAGGUGGUAUUAAGAAAGCAGAAAGUGGAAUACAUCAAAGCAGAUCAACGUCGUUGAUGCGUUUGUCUGCUAGUAGUGGUUUUAAGGGACGAACUAGUCGUUCAUCUUAGAGCCUUAUCCCACCGAAGCUGCGCAACUGCGACGCUGCAGUAGUAGGACAUAAGCAGGCGACAUGGAGUUGCCCUAUCAAAGCAACGUGUUUUCUACAUCUCUACUACAUUCCGUUCAGUGAACAAUGUAAUCAAGUGCAGACAAUGAUUUCCUUUUCGAUAUUUUAAACGAUACUACCGCACACACAGCUUGAAUGUUGCUUAUAAACUAACCUGUCGAGUCGCAAGCUUUGGCGCAACGAGAGCCUUGGUUGUAGUUUAUAGGUGCAAGAUUAAUUUAGCCCAGAAACAUACGAACCACUCUUAGACCACUCAUUAGGGAUGGCGGUUUUUGACAAAACACCGGUUUUCGGUUAUACCGGUUUUUUUUGCUUACGGUUUAAACUGGCGGUUAUAACCGGCCUAAAAAACCGGUUUUUGGAAAAACCGGUUUUCGGUUUUUUUAAUCCAAUAGGUUACAAUGUUACAUUUACAAUGCACUUUAGUUUGCGAUACUCUAUUCGACUCGAUACUCGAUAUCAAUAUGAUCAAAAUUAGUACUAUCGAAAG